GUUCGGGACGGGUUUGCAAUUCAACAACACUUCAAAACGGAUAAACCAACAAAUCGAAAAACGAAACAGAGGAGAAGAAGAAAAAAUAUAAAAAAGAAUUAUUAUAUAUGUUGAGCAGCAUAUAGCAUAUAUAUUUUAAAAAUUCAACUGAUUUCUAUACUAGAAUCAGUAAGGGCAAAGAAAAUUAUUAUUUAUUGUUAAAAAUCGAAAAAAAACGAAGCGAAAAGGGAAGACAAUACUUCCAACGGAAAUCGAAGAAAGAAGUUGCAAAUUUCGAAUAAGGAAGCCAACAACAAAUUAUAUUUGAAAAUAUCAAGUGAAAAAAGUGUUUCAAAAAUAUACUAGAAAAAUACAAAGGGAGAAGAAGCAAGCUAUUCGAAUGCCAAGCUUCGGGCGGUUAUGUAAAGUGUGUGAAAAGUACGAACUCCCUAACUGAAAGUGAAAAGGAACAACUCCACGAGCAGAAACAUCGUCGUCCCUGUGGUCACCACCUUGCCUAAAAUUACUGGCAACGGACAUCGAAUCUGAAAAACACAUAAAACGGAACCAGUAGCACUGUCGGGGUUGUCAUCGUUUUCUGUGGGUAACGAUAAAGACAAACUACAACUCCCCGGUGGAUUCAAUACCAAAAAUUUCUGUCAUUGAAGUGGAAGAACAUUUUAGUGUCUCAACAGAGUAGUCGGGAAAGAUACACGAAGAAAACAAAGUUUCAAACGACAGCGAAAACAAGUGGAACAAAUUCUGGGCAAUUCAGCUUUUUAGCACAUUUAAUGUACUCUAAUAGAAAGCAAGAACAACAACCAACACAUUCAUGCAGCCGAUAUAGCAGACACGAAAGUGCCCGUACCGAAUCUCAAAUGUCCUACGUCAAUGCCUAAGCAUCUGGAUCGUACCCGUGACAACAAUAAUUGAGCCCCUAUUUGAGUUAAGGGCGGCUGUGUGUUGUGUUUGUUAGCAUGUCUGACUUUGCUUCGUAUACAUCCACUUGGUAUUGUCUGUUGUAGAUAAGUGCAGUUAUUUACUUAAAACAUCUCUUCGAGACGUUAAGAUACGGGUGUGUGCGUGUGUUUGACUUUCUCUAUUUGUUAACGAAAUCGCUAAAGGCACUUUGGACAAACGGCGACGAAGACGACGACUACAACAACAACAAGUGCUGUGACUUAUUGUUUGUUGUGUUUCAACUCAAUUGCAGUUGUUUGGCGACACUCUCAAACACACAUACACACACAGUAGUGUAAGAGCAUAGCAACGAAGCUUAACUCAAAUCUAUCCUAUCCAUCUAUUGCAUGGGAACUUGAAAAAGGACUUUGGGCGUGUGCGUGUAGCAUAUAGAGUACGUCGCAGAUGUGUUAACUGGAAAACGUUGUUAAUUAGGCAUAUAACAAUUGUAUCCAGCACGUUUGAGUUAUAUUGCAAAAUAACAUGGGCUGUUCCUUUGAAACAGCCAUACAGACUAGUGGGAUAAAUGAAACAUUUGAUACUGCAUGCCUAGCAACGAUAGUGGAGCCAGCGUUUAGAACACGAAACUUUUACGCAAGAGAAUCAACAACAGCACUUGUUCCGGGCAAUAAUAAUUGCAUUACUCACAACAACAAGAACAACAACAACAGCAGUAGUUAUAACACUAAGAACAACAGCAUUUGCAACCACUACAACCCAAAACAGGAUAAAACUAACGACGACUGCCAACUGCAACAAAAACCAGCUAAAGCCAAAAAGACUACCACCACCAACAACAAUAUCACAUCAACAAUAACAACAACAGCAACAAACGUUAAAGAUACCAAUAGUAGCAGCAACAACAAUAGUCGAGACGAAUUUAAAGGCAAGACCAACUUUUACAGUUUGGAAGUCAAGGAAAACAUAAAUAACAACUGUAGAAGUCGCUCGCCGAAUUUUCUGCCGGUUCAAGAAAGAGAAACACUUCCAGAGUCGUGUCCCAGCUGUUAUCCACUCGCCUGCCACAAUAGAAUUUGCUGUCGUCAACAGAGCUUGUUUGUGUCCGAAAUUGCCACGCAGCCGAGAUAUUGUUUUGACUAUCUCAGCUGCAAUUGUUGCAACAACAACGUCAACAAUUGCAACUGCAAGUGCCCUUGCCCCGGUCUGGUGUCGUCCUUCGUCUGCCAGAAACACAAAAACACGUUUCGCAAUGAAUGCCAUGACAAGAAAUAUGCAUACCUGGACAGAACCCCCGAUUCCAUGUCCCAGCAACUGGAUUCGUGCAACAACAGCAGUUCGAUGGAGGGAAAAUGUUGGCAAAACACUGUGUCUCAUGCCAGUGUGGCCCUAACAUCGAAUGCUCUCGAUUUAAAGAACUCCUUAACUGAAGCAAUUGGCAAUUGUGCAGCUAUGGUGGAAACAUUGAUGCGUACCACUGACGAGCAAUGUCGGAAGCAUUGCGCAGCUUUCGAGCAAUGUAGCUCCAUGAACAGCAACCACAUUAACAACAACACCAACAACAAUAAUAAGUCUGAGCCAUAUAGGGGCUACUGUCAGCGCAAACAAGGAUCACAGCCCGAACACAUCCCUUACACUUCAACGAAUUCCUCCCGCUCUCUUCAUGAUGCCAUCAGCUCAAAAUAUCAUCCUCAUCACCACCACCACCACCAGCAAUGUACUCGCCAGCAACAGUGCGGCAGCAGUAACAACAAUAACAAAGUUAGCAUUGCAAACAUCUGCAGUAACGCAUCCAACAGCCGAAGCAGUUGUAGCAACUGUCAUGCCGCCUCACCAGCCUCGAGGGCGUCAACUCAAACCGCAGCCUUCAAUUACAUUGGCCACAAUUACUACCACUUUUUGCGCAAUUCGAUUAACUUUUAUACCGCCUACACGGCCAGCAUCAUAUUGGUGUUGUGCUACCUGACUACCACCACAUCCGCUGCCACACCCAAGUCGGACGCCACAUCCUUGGACAAGCAUCCCAUUAAAGGCAUCGAUUGGUCGAAAUUUGAUGAAUCGAGUUCGGAUAAGGAAAUUCUGGAUUUACUUCUGGAACAGAAACGCUAUGACAAACGAUUACUGCCGCCAGUUCAUGAUGAAGACUUUUGCUGUGGAUUGUCAUCACCUGACAUGGCUACUGAACAAAAUUCAAGGAGGCCACAUAAGCGCGGUACACUGAAUGUUAAUGUGACCGUGCUGCUGCUUAGUUUGGCUUCCCCGGAUGAAAGUAGUCUGAAAUACGAAGUGGAGUUUCUCCUGAAUCAGUUCUGGGUGGAUCCUCGUCUGCAGUAUGGCAACAAGUCGCACUACGACUUUCUGAAUGCAUUGCAUCAUCACGACAGCAUCUGGACGCCGGACACUUACUUUAGUAUGCAUGGUGAUUUUAAGGAUCCUAUUAUACCAAUGCAUUUCGCUUUAAGAAUUUUCCGGAACGGGACCAUUAUGUACUCAAUGAGACGACACUUGAUAUUAUCCUGCCAAGGAAGUCUGCACAUAUUUCCAUUCGAUGAUCCCAAGUGUACGUUCUCUAUGGAAAGUAUAUCGUACGAAGAACCCCAAAUAAGGUAUGUGUGGAGGAACGGUGAGGUCACCUUGCUUAAGAGUCCCUCACUGACCACUUUGAAUGCCUAUCUAAUAAAAAAUCAAACAACCGCCUGUGAUCAACAUAGCUGGAGAGGGAACUACAGCUGUCUUAGAGUUGAUUUAAUAUUUACCAGAGAUCGAGCAUUCUAUUUCACCACCGUUUUUAUACCUGGCAUAAUAUUGGUGACGUCAUCCUUUAUAACAUUCUGGUUAGAAUGGAAUGCUGUUCCGGCUAGAUCCAUGAUAGGUGUAACAACAAUGCUGAAUUUCUUCACAACAUCAAACGGUUUCCGCAGCACCCUUCCGGUCGUUUCGAACCUCACCGCCAUGAAUGUCUGGGAUGGUGUCUGUAUGUGUUUCAUUUACGCCUCGCUUCUGGAGUUUGUUUGCGUCAAUUACAUGGGACGUAAACGGCCACAGCACAAUGUGGUCUAUCGACCUGGAGAGAAUCCGGUAACACAGCGUCUUCCAGCGGUUCUAAGCAGGAUUGGAGUCAUUCUUGCAAGUCCUUUGGAAAUAAUUGAACGUGAAUUCAACGCGGCAAUGUCGGAGAAAGCUGCUACUGGCCUUUCCAGUGCCGGUACAAGCUCAAUGACCACACCACGGCCAGGCUCGCCACAAGUAGAGUCUUUACCGGGCACUGAUUAUCAACGACAACAUUCGGGUGGAAUAAUUGCUUCGGCUGUUCAAAACUUAAGAUCCAGAUCGAUCAAGCGUCGCAAUGUCAAGAGUGACUCUGACUGGAAACAGCCUCAAGUGUCCGCCGAGCAGGCGGUCUAUGUUUAUGAACACAUUUAUAGUGAGCCGGGUGGUGUUACCACUUUCUCAGCUGUUCCCAGCAUUCAGACCACUGCUGUUACCAUUGAAACUGACAUUACCGAUGACGUUGUUGAAAUGCCCAAGCUGCGACGCACGCAAUCCAUGUCCACCAAUACACCACCCCUUCUGUACAAGGGAACGGACGCAGAGGACAUUAGUGGACAAGAGCCAGCGCGGAAAGUGGAAUUUGCACCAGAAACCAAACAACCACUCACAACCACCGAACCGGAAUCCGUUCAACAGUUGGGAAUGCCAAUAAAACCUCCACGUCGUAAAUCAUCUCGUUCCACUUCCCCGUCCAGCCGAAAUGAGGAUCUAUUGCAGGGACGAGCACAAGCACCAGCGUUCGCCUACAAUGGUGAAAAGAAACGUGACACCGGUGGACCCAAUGAGAUUGUUGCAUGUACAACAUGCGGUGGCAACAGCGGCACCCCCUGUACACACUCAGCCAAUAAUGGCUGUGCCACAGAGACUUGCUUUGUCCAAGUGCGCAAGAAAGAACCGCCACAUCCUAUACGUAUCGCAAAAACUAUAGAUGUAAUUGCUAGGAUUACGUUUCCAACAGCAUACGCCAUUUUCUUAAUAUUCUUCUUUGUCCACUACAAAGGUUUUUCAUAAAAUUAACGACGAAACAGCGCAAGCAAGCAAACAAAAGACAACAAAAAUCAAUUAAAAUUUAAACUCAAUAUAAAAUAAAAACAAAAAAACACACACAAAAAUAAAGAAAAUCGAAGAAAUAAAACAAACGGUAUUUCUACUGCCGGAAAUAUACUCAUCAGCAACAUUUACUUACUACGUCAUAAUUGGUAUAAAAUCAGCAACAACAAGAAAAUAAAAUUCAAACUGACAGCAGCGAUGACGAAAACAAGAGCAGCAACAACAACAGUAAUAACCACAAAGUUUAUUUUUUAAAGACAAUGCAAAAUGCAAUUCGUUUCUUUUUUUCGAUUGUUUUAAGAGAUUUUAUAAUACUAUGUACUAGUUAAAUAAAUACAUACACAUACCCAAACACACACUCACGUAUGAACAUUUGGGGGGAAAGAAAAAUAGGAAUUAUGUAAACGAUUCUUUCAAAGUCAUAAAAUUUGAACUGCUAGAUCAUUUUACACUAAUAUAUUAAUUUCAAUUUUUAAACAUUUUAUUAAAACUUUGUAGUUUGAAAACAAAUGGUUUCAGUAAAGGAAACAGAACAGAGUUUUAAUACCAACUUUUUGUGGUUUUUAUGUGAGGAAGAAAUUUAUUACAACCAAAUUUAUUGUGGCAAAAGUUUUUGACUUCAAGAAUUUUCUCUCAGAGAUCAAUUUUCAUAUAACAUGUAAUUUAUGUCGGAUCUGGUCGUCCUGGUAGGGAAACUCCUUUUUAGUAUAUGGAAGCAACACAUCAAUGCUGUAAGAGAAUUUGUUUUAGAUUAUCAAUAUGAAAACAUAUUGUCGAAAUACAGAUAUUUUCUAGAAGUAACCAAAACCCGAGUUUCUAUAAUUUACCGUGUACAUUUAAAUUAGUUAUUUUUCCAGAAUGUUUUUCAAUAUUUUAAGACGGAGCUGUUUCCAAAAAUAGAUGAAAAAAAAGAUUGGAUGCUAUUGUUGGCUUUUUUAGACGAAAUAGGUUCACAAUUUUUUGAAUUUUGUUUUCCUACAUUGUAUUAGCUAAGCUAUAUUCAUUCAGAAAAAGAAUUGCUUCUCCAUAAAAUGUACACUUAGGUUUCUCUUGAUCAGGCUCUAACGUGACAACUUUUUUUUCGUUACAAAAAUCAAUACUCUUCAAUCUGGUAAUGGCUGCGUUUUUAAAUUAGUAUCAGUUGAGUAUUUAAUGAAAAUUAAACUGAUAUAUUAGGGUAUACCAAUAUUGGACAUUUUGACAGAAAUGCUUGCUUAGGCUCUCGCUAAAACCCCAAAAAGUCAAACAUCAGCCAAUUAGGUUUGCGAAUGUGGUCAAAGUCAAAAUAUUCUCAUUUUUUGGGGUUCCAGCUGUUGUUGGAGGAAAAUUUUCCAGCUAGUAUCUAUUAUAUUUGACAAGAGGUGGUCUGUUUUGGUAGGAAAAUGAGCUAACCCGCUGUAUUGGGCUUAUGUUUAAAUGUGGGUCUACAGGGUAAGAUAAAAAAACUGCAACAAAGUCAAACACCAUAUUAAUUAAUUUUUUUUUAAUUAUAUUGAACUAAAGCAAAAAUGUCGGAAAUAGCAUUAAAUUUUGGAUUAACGGUUUCUCAUAGGAGACGACCAAAUGCGGCAGUUCACCACUUUCGGCCAAGCGAAGCAACUCUUUAGCUCUUUUCAGUCUAUUUACUUUCUGUUGCGGUGUAACUUCUUGCACUUUUUGGAAUUUCAAUGGCUUUACCACGAGCUGAUUUUUCAAUAUUUGCCGAAUGGAAUAUUGCGAUAUGUUCAGCUCACGAGCCAUUUUUCGACCCCUGCGACGCGGGUUUCGAUCAAGUCGCUUCUUUACUUUUCGUAGCAUUUCUGCUGAUGUUUGCUGUUCACGGUAACGAUGGCACGAAACACAAAAGAUUUAUUCACAUUUAAAUGCUGGAGUGCUCUAACGAUAGCCACUUGUGGUUUUCCAGCCAAAUAAAAAAAUCACACUAUCACGCUUAAAUUCCAUCACGAAUAACUUUUGUACGGUUGUAAACAAUAUAAUGAGCUGUCACUGGAAAAAUUUUAACAGCUGUGGCUUGGAAAUGACAGCAGUCUGAAGUUGGUUGCAGUUUUUUCACCUCACCCUGUAUAUUUAAAUUUUAAAUAGGAGGAGUUCUUGGGUACGGAAUAACCAGAAAAAAAAUUACAGUAAAUUCCAACUACGGAAUAUGAGGAGUUGCCGCUUUACCAAAUAUUAGACUAGAUUAUGUCAUCGGUCGACUUGAAUCGAUUUUAAACAUUAAAAUUGGCUGAAAUCAGAAGAAAACAAUUAAAAUGUUUGAUAAACAAUAUUCUAUCUAAUUAUCAGUUUAGAAAAUUUAGCAAAAUAAUCAAACAAGAAUCUCUUUUUUAAUUUUUUGGCGUUACAAUACUUGAAAACCGAGGCAAAAUGACUUCGGGUGUACACUUGGAAUAGCAGAUGUAUUUAUAUUUCCCCUGAUACGUUUACACAUUCAUAUACACCACUUUAAACACAAAUCCUAGAAACAUAAAUAUAUAUAUUUAGUGAAAUUUAUUUAUUUAUUUUUUUUUUUAAUUUGAGCUUAAAUUAUUAAAUAGAAUUUUAUUUGUAUACAAAUUCUACAUAACUUUUGUUAACUAAAUAAAUUCUUAAGAAGAAACAACCUAUAUAUUAUAAAAUGCACCUUAACUUUAAAAAAAAAAAUAAAUAAAUUUUCAUAAAACCAAAAUCGAAAAUAUGAAAUGUUCUCUUAAAUAUAAAUUUAACAUUAUUUGUAAUUUAAGCAUUCUUUUUUUAAUGAAAAAAAAAUGAGAAACAAAGGGAAACACUAAAAUCGUGAUAGAAAAAUUAACAAAAAAUAGCUAAAUUUGCAGAAUAUAGAAAAAAUGUAAUUAAAAAACAAAUCAAUGAAAGUAAAUCCCAAAAAAGUAUCAAAUUUUUAUUCGAGCAUAAAAAGAAACAGUUUUAUUCGCGUAUUCAUAUUUCAUUUAACAAAUAUGCCCCUUAUGUUCAUUAGAAAACCGCGAAUUCCAAAAUCAACAUCUAAAGAAAAUGAAACAUUUAAAUUUAAAUAAUAUUUUUGACUGCCUUCUUAAGAAAAAUAAAUAAAAUAAAAUAUAGAGAAAUUACAUGGUAAUAUUCUAAUAAAACAAAAAAAAACAUACAAAUAUUAUAAAAACAAUUAUGAUUAUUAAAACUACGAAAUAAUUAUUUAAAUCCAAAAAAAAUAAAAUACGCUGAAGUAAAUGAGAACAAUUAAAAGCAUGAUCAGACGAUGAGCACAUAAAGUCCUUCGCAAACACACUUUGUUGUAAAAUACUGUUGGAAAUAGCUUUAAAUCGAUUUUCUAUUUUUUUGUUGUUAUUUCAAUAUUAUUUUUUUAAUCAUAUGUUUUUAGGUUAAUUCUUAUUUGUGUUUCUUUUGGAAAUAAAUAAAAAUAUAAAUUUACUCAAUUAUCGUUU